AUGGAGUUGGCCAAUAGGACCACAGUCCAGGAAUUCAUUUUGCUAGGAUUUGGAGUUGAGCAACAAAGGCGUUACCUGCUUCUCCUCCUUUUCACUGUUCUCUACAUGCUUGCUCUGGCUGAGAACAUCACCAUCAUCAUGCUGGUGCUUGUAGACACCCACUUGGCCCGGCUUCCCAUGUACAUCCUCCUGAGCAACUUCUCCUGGCUGGAAGUGUGCUAUGUGACUGCCACUGUGCCCCGGAUGCUUUUCGAUCUGGCAUUCCCUCUUGGGGCCAUCUCCUUCCAGGCCUGUUUCCUCCAGUUCUAUAUCUUCUUCUCUCUUGGCUACACUGAAUGCUUCUUCCUCUCCGCAAUGGCAUUGGAUAGGUAUCUGGCCAUCUGCCAUCCUCUGCGCUACCCACAAAUCAUGUCUAAAAAUACCUGCUAUGCCCUGGUGACUGUUUCUUGGGUCUGUGGCUUUCUGGGUUGCAUGAUCCCAGUGACAUUGAUCUCCAAGUUGAACUUCUGUGGACCCAACAUCAUUGACCAUUUUGUGUGUGAUCCUGGGCCACUUCUAUCACUGGCUUGCCCUCCUCUGGAUAAUGCUACCUAUAUUUGGCAGCUUUCCAUGAAUGUUCUAGUUAUAGUAGGAAAUUUGGUAUUUGUGUUACUGUCCUAUGGUGUUGUCAUUUUCACCCUGACAAAGUCAUCAAACCCAGGCAGUCGUAAGAAGGCUUUUUCCACCAUUUCCUUCCACCUAGUAGUCGUGACCCUCUUCUAUGGCCCAGUGGUAGGGAUGUAUGUGGCUCCCAAUGGAGAAAGUAAUCCCCAAGUCGCUAAAUUAGUAACAACCUUCUAUACAGCCAUUACACCUUUUCUCAACCCCCUGAUUUAUUGUUUGAGGAAUGAUCAAGUGAGGAAAGCAGUGUGGAGAUUGCUGUGGAAAAGGAGAAAUGGCUGA